AUGUGGUGGUUCCUGCCCUGGACGCUGGCAGCUGUGACAGCAGCCGCAGGCGGCACACGGGCCUCGGACCUCGCCCCAGCUGCUACCUCCAUGGCCUUCACCACGGCACCUUUGGAGGACACCUCACGCCCCCAGUUCUGCAAGUGGCCCUGUGAAUGCCCACCGUCACCGCCCCGCUGCCCGCUGGGGGUCAGUCUCAUCACAGAUGGCUGUGAGUGCUGUAAGGUGUGUGCUCAGCAGCUCGGGGACAACUGCACAGAGGCCGCCAUCUGUGACCCCCACCGGGGCCUCUACUGUGACUACAGUGGGGACCGCCCGAGGUACGCAAUAGGAGUGUGUGCACCGGCCGCGGGCGAGGUGGAGCCCUGGCAGCAGAACUGCAUCGCCUACACCAGCGCCUGGAGCCCCUGCUCCACCAGCUGCGGCCUGGGGGUCUCCACGCGGGUCUCCACGGUCAACGCCCGGUGCUGGCCUGAGCAGGAGAGCCGCCUCUGCAACCUGCGGCCGUGCGACCUGGACAUCCAGCAGCACAUCAAGGCAGGGAAGAAGUGCCUGGCCGUGUACCAGCCAGCGGCGCCCGUCAACUUCACGCUGGCGGGCUGCGUCAGCACACGCUCCUACCAGCCCAAGUACUGUGGCGUCUGCACGGACCGCAGGUGCUGCGUCCCCUACAAGUCCAAGACCAUCCGUGUCGCCUUCCAGUGUCCCGACGGGCCCGGCUUCUCCCGCCAGCUGCUGUGGAUUAACGCCUGCUUCUGUAACCUCAGCUGCAGGAGCCCCAACGACAUCUUCGCUGACUUGGAGCCCUACCCCGACUUCUCAGAAAUUGCCAAUUAGGCAAGAACCAUGGGCCAGGGAGCUGGCCCGGUGCUUGCCAAGUGGGGCCCUCUCAGGCCCACCGUCAAGCCUUCUCCAGUCCGCUGAGCACCUCCGCACCGUCCUGGGCCGGCCCGUGGGCCCGUACCGUCUCUGACCACCAGGGAUCCCUGGUGCUGCAACCCAGACUCUGGCCCCCUCCUUGACAGCACCCACAUACACACCAAAGAACGUGUCUCUCUCGAGCUGUUCUGGACGGUUCCCCAAAUAGGCUUGGCCUGUCCAGAUCACCAGAAGGCCUGCUGGGCCUGGCCUGAGUCUCAUGGAACAGAGUCAACUGGACUUCCAGAACUACCAAUUCCCUUUAAGGU